UUCGGCGAGAUCGCCUUCAGCGGGGAGUCUCGGGUGAAGGAGCCGCGCGCACCGCGUUGUGUAGCGUGCGGAGCUAGUUGUGGACUUUGCAGGAGCUGCUUGGGAAUGGCUUCGGAGCGUUCUCCGCCCUGAUUUGUACGUGUGCACCUAAUAGUCCAGCUGCACCUGGGAGAAGUUCGGCUCGGUUCGGUGCGGUUCGGUUCAGCGCGGCGCGCGGGCCGGGAACGAGAAAGACCGCGGGCGGAGAGCACCAGAGCCCGGCGGAGCCGCGCUGAGUUACAAACUCUAUUGUGACGCACUUACUACGACUGACGGCCGCUGCCAAACCUUCCCCAGACUUGCUGCCCUCAGCAUUUUCGGCAAACAAUGGGGCCGGAGCGGGGAACGCGGCCAGCCGCCUGCAAUCGCUGCAUCUGCGCCCGCUCCUGUGCUCCAGCGCUGUAUCUGAUCCUGGGAAACCAGAGCCCACUGGGAGUUUCUGCCUUAUUCAAAAAAAAAGACCAAAUGGCAAAGCAACCUUCCGAUGUAAGUUCUGAGUGUGACAGAGAAGGCAGGCAAUUGCAGCCUGCAGAGAGGCCCCCCCAGCUCAGGCCUGGGGCCCCUACCUCCCUACAGACAGAGCCGCAAGGUAAUCCUGAAGGCCAAGGCGAAGGGGACCGCUGCCCCCAAGGCAGCCCUCAGGGCCCGUUGGCCCCACCGGCCAGCCCUGGCCCUUUUGCUACCAGAUCCCCACUUUUCAUCUUUGUGAGAAGAUCCUCCCUGCUGUCUCGAUCCUCCAGUGGGUAUUUCUCUUUUGACACAGACAGGAGCCCGGCACCCAUGAGUUGUGACAAAUCAACACAAACCCCAAGUCCUCCUUGCCAGGCCUUCAACCAUUAUCUCAGUGCAAUGGCUUCCAUGAGGCAGUUUCAGGCCGAACCUGCAGAUUUGCGUCCGGAGAUAUGGAUCGCGCAAGAGUUGCGGCGUAUUGGAGACGAGUUUAAUGCAUAUUACCCAAGGAGGGUAUUUUUGCAUAAUUACCAAGCUGCCGAAGACCACCCCCAAAUGGUUAUCUUACGACUGUUACGUUAUAUCGUCCGCCUGGUAUGGAGAAUGCGUUGACGGGUUCUUUGCGGAGCUGGAACGGGCAGGCAUUUCACACGUUCAAACCGACAGGCCCCUGCACCGCGGCGUCUUGGUGCCAUUAUUAUGUAACCAGCGCUCUUUUCCAGAGGAGGCCUGCGGAGGGCAGGGCAGCGGGUCCUGAAGACACCCGAAGUCACCCGGCUGGAUGUGAACUCCACCUUCGGUUAUCACCAUAUGGCAGAAUUUCAAAUGGAAGUUUGUUAUGAAUGUAAAUGAGGGAAGAUUUUUUUUUUUUUAAUGUAUAAAUCGUGGUUCUUUGGAGCAGGAUUUUAUGCAAGAAUGGUGUUUACAUGCGGUGUGGGUUUUUUCCACCUUCUUUAGUAAGACCAAGUUUUUCAAAAAGGAAAUGGAAACUUUUUAAAUCAACUCGUGAAUGAUUUUUAUACUAAAAAUUUAAGAACCUGUUGCCUACUCUCAGCGGAUUAUGUAAACCCUGCAGUGGAAACUGAGCCAGCUAAUUUCUAAGGCUGCCUUAGUUUAUUUUUAGAGAUUACUGUACAGAAUUUUUAAAUAGAGAGAGGUAUGAUAAGCCCCCUUCCUUUCCCUGCUAUUGUCUCUGUGAUCAUUUUUUUAAAAAUAUUAUAGUAAUACCAAAAGAGUUCUUAAGAAACGGACCUGAUUAAAGGGGCAAAGGGCCGGUUGCCAGCCUGCAUUGAUUUAGCAUCCCCAUUUUGUAAAUAUUUACUUACCUCCUUCAGUUCAUUGCAUCUGUGGCAAAAUUUCAGACUCUUUGCAUGUUUUUCCUGAUGUCCUUUGGUGAUGCUCUUCGAGUCUGUCUAGACUGGUCCAGUGUGCUUUCACAAUGAAAUGUUGGGUCACCACAAGCGUUAGCGUCUGGCUGUGCCGCACGCAGCUCCAUCGAUCAGUCUAGCAUGAACUGACAGACCGGGCAGUGCUCCGUGUUAGCCUUCAAGCGGCGUUGGUGGGCUUGGCAGUCGUAGUGCUGUGUAAGGGCCAGCGGGAACAGCAGACUGAGUGGUGCGCCCCUGUGCAUUGUCGGCUUUUCUGGCUGCGGAUGUUCCAGUCACGGGGCACUGGCAGUGACAAGUCUCAAGUGGCCAGUCCAUCCACCCAUGUACAGGUACACGUACCCCAGCACGUGGCCUCAUGGGAAUUAGCACAGGCAGCAGUGGGGUGUCCCAUGGCCAUUUUCCUGCCAUCUUGGCUCUCAGUCUAACUCAUCCUGCCUUGGCUGUGGUGGCUGACAUGUGGCAUCCACUCCCCUAACACCACUUAGAAAUACAGGCUCAUUCCAUGUUCGUCAGCACCAGAGGAAACAAUGCCAGGGGUCAGAAGUCCCCAGUGGCCCUUUGGCUCUUCGAAAGAGGUCUGUUUCACUUUCUCACAUUCCAUUUCUCUAGAACAUUUGGCUUUCAUCAGGCCACCUGUGCUUCCACCUCCCUCGGGGUGAGAGUGGAGGUGCCCUUAGGGAUUGCAGUGGGUGGGGAUCUGCACAUUGGUCCCAUUGGUCCAUCAUUUCAAAGGCAGGCAGACAGCAGGAGAAACCCAAGAAAGAGACAUGUGGCCCCAGCAAAGGGAGGAAAGGUGAUUCUGUGAACCCUGUAACUCAUCAUUUUGGAACAUUUCAGUCAUUAGACAACUUUUUCAAAGAAAUAACAUGAAACGAGACAGUCGUGCCAACAACUAUUAUAUUUGCUUUUGCCCAGUAGAAGACCAGUGUUUUCAUGCUACCAAAUUAAGAGGGAAAAUCUAUUCAUUUUGUAUCUUCAUAAUUUUAUAUACAUACACUCAUAUAUAUAGAUAGAUAGAUUACAUAUACACUUUUUUCCUUUAGGUAGAGAUGAUUCAAUUCCCAAUAGUCUUCCUUUUUUAAAAUUUGCUUUUCCCCCAAAAUCUCCUUGGGGUUUUGACUUGUUUUAAAGCUCAGCUUGUUUAUUGAUGUGUCUUGAACCCAUUUGUAGUGUCACACAUGGUCCAUGGCUGUGAGGUGGUGGUGGAAUUGCACCCAUGGGCUUGCUGGACACACACACCAAAGAUGUAUUUGGUUCUGGGCCACCCGCCCCCCAGGAUCUCCGUACUCGUGCCAGUCUGUCCGACUGGAGCACUUUACUCUGUUUCUUCAGCCUGCAGCUCCCUGGGAGCACACAACGCAGCCCUGGAACACUCGCUAGAGCCCACAGGCUGUGUGUGCCACACGAGCGUGUUUACCUCUGGGCCAGUGGCUUCCAGGCCUCAGUCUGGCCAUGGACGCAGCUCAUGAGGAAGUAAGAGGUUCUAUGAAUUGUAGAAGUAUUAAAGAAGAGGAUGUUGGCACCAAAACUUAAGAGAUGACUGGAUGUCUCUGUACUGUAUGUAUCUGUUUAUCAAGAUUCCUCCUCACAGAAAGUAUACCUCCCAUGGGUAUACCUUUGACUUUUUAUUAUUGUUUUUAAUUUUUUUUUUUUGGUAGGAAAAACUUAAUGCGGGUUUUGUGCCUUGACAACCUCUCCCCAUGUGAGGUUUGUAAAAAGUGUCCUGUGAUUUAACAACAAAAUGCAAUAAACACACACAUAAUAGCUUCAGAGUGGGUCUUCCAGCUUCCUUCCCAGAAACAAGUUGAUGAAGAGUUUUUGGAGGAGGGUUAUAGAGAAACCAGUUUAAAAUUCUUCCUGAUUUGAAAAAAGAAAAAGGAAAAAAAAAAAAAACAGUGGAGUAUCAUUUUCUCUUGUUUCCCCCUCUUAGUAUUGUAUGUAUGUUUGACUAUUUAUUAGAAUAGGAGGUCAUAUUUUAUGUAUCAACUGAGCCAAAUGUCUGUGUGCAAUUGUUUCCCCUUUACCUUUCUUGUAAAAUUUUGUACAGUUUAAAUGAGUAAAAAUCACUGUUUUUUCUAAACUUUUUCAGAAUCAAAGAUUGUAAAUAUUGUAGAUUCUUUUUCUGUGUCAUGUGUCCUACUGUUUCGUAAUGCUGUAACUUGUACAAAUGUUGUAUAUUUAUUUUCUGCUUAUUUAAUGUCUUACAUUCUUGAAAGUGUUGACAUCCCUGUGCCCCACACCCUGCUGUCCUGUGAGUGGCUCUAACUCCCCAGGUGUGAGGUGGUUACCAGUCAGCUCAUUGCAGACCACAUGGUCUGUCCAGAGUGGCCCUCCAGCUUCGGUUCCCGGUAUGUCAGUUCAAGUGAGUGUCAGUUCUCGGGCUUCUCUGCCCUUAUAAUGAAGUAUGUGUUGAGAUAACCAAGGAGAAACCAAACCUGGCAGGCUGCAAAAUUCUACUCUAAGAAAUACCCAGCAACCUUCUGUUUAUGCCCCCCAAAAUGCAGUAUUGGCUGUGGGAAAGAUCAUUCUAUUGAAGAUUAGUCCCUGACAACUCACUGUUAAGGAAAAUAAUCACAUGCCACUUUUAGGGGGACUGCCAUGGGGUUGUCCAGGGCAAUGACCAGGCAGGACAGGUGGGCCUGCUUUGAGAAUGACUUCAAGACCACCUUGUGCCACUAACCCCCUGUUGGCAACUAGUGAACAGUGUUUCCCCCACCUGCUGUGUGGCUUCCUGUGCUUUGAGAUGGUUGGUCUUCAGGCGCUAAUUGUACAGGCCCCGUGUUCCCUCCCCUCAAACAUUUGGUCGCUGUAUUUGGUCAGUGUGGUUCUUCAGGUCGAUUCCCUCCUUCCAGUUCUCCCACUCCUUUGAGGCAGUUUGGGGCCCACUGGAAUGGAUGUCAAGAUGUGAAAGCUUGUGGAAGCUUUUGGGAGACUUCCUAGUGGUUCCACAGUGGUGGUUCUGUCAUCCCUGCUGAUUUAGCCUGGUGCCUGUGUGUGUCCACUCAGCACACGUGUGUGCAGGGAUGUGUCCACACAUGACGCUAACUCAGUUGGGGUCUACUCCAGACCGCAUUGUCUUUGUACAAGAAGCAUUUUCAAGCUCCCACUAAAGAACUUGACUACUUUUAUUUGGGAAUUUCAGACUUUAGAAGCUCUCUUAGGUUUUAUGUCCAGGUUCCGUGGCCAUUAGUUACUGUAUCAGAACUCAUCAGGUACCCACUUAUAAAUAGCACUGAUCCGUGUGUAUACUGACCCAUCUAACUUGUUUCCUAGGACCCAGCGUAUGUAGCAUUUGUAUUGCGAUUUCCCUGGCUUACUUGUGUUUUGCACUGAUGAAUUUUGACAGGGUAAUUGCCACUUUACUUGUGCAAUACUGCUGUAAAUAACUGCAGAUUUUUUUUAAGAAACUCAAUCUUUUAUGUUCUUAAUGAAUUUUAUAUAAAUAAAACUUUCGACUCAA